AUGACCCCUUCUAUGCGGCGGAAAUGGGAUAGUCGGCAAGAAGAGAGAUUGGGGAGGGUGAGGUCAGCGAGGAAGGUCCGUAUUGGCAUUUUAGGGUGGCGUGAAGCGCCGCGCGGCUUGGGCAGCAAGAUGGGUGGCGUGAAGCACCGCGCGACUUGGGCAGGGCUAGCUAGGGUUUGGGGCGUUGCAAAGGAGAAAGUGCUGGUCAUGGGAUUUGGUGGCGCAGGGUGGCUAGGUGAGGGGAUGAGGUAUUGUGCGAAGGAGGUGGUUGUGGCCGUGUGCAAAAAAGGUUUUGGUUGUGUGCGGGGGAUCUGGAGUUGGGAGCAACAGUGA